UAGAAAGGAUUUUGAAAUGGGGAAACCAGCAGGGUAUUGGGUGAAUAAAAUUAGGACAUCCUUCAAAGGAGGAUCAUCGUCGAGCAAAUCAUCAGAAGAUGGAAGUGCUUCUGGAUCUAGAAAGAGCGAUUCUAAACAUAGGAAGAAUCAGAGAACAGAGGAAGGUAAUAAGUAUGUUGAAGCAGGAGGAGCUCAGGCGGAGAGUGGGAGGAAAGUGAUGGUUGUUGUGGACACAACUUCACAAUCAAAGAAUGCUCUUCAGUGGGCAUUAACACAUUGUGUUCAAGUUGAAGACAAUAUCACUCUCCUUCAUGUCACGAAAACACCCAUAGGACAAGGUGUAGACGAGACACAAAGGGAGAGAAACUCAAGAGCUCAUGAACAAGUCCAUCCAUUGAAAAACCUUUGUCAACUCAAGAAACCUAACGUGAAGACGGAGAUAGUAGUGGUUGAGACGGCAGAGGAGAAAGGGAAGACAAUAGUGGAGGAAUCAAAGAAACAAGGAGCAGGAGUGUUGGUUUUAGGGCAAAGAAAAAGAACUUUGAAGUGGCGUGUGAUAUGGAAGUGGCGCACGAAGGCAGGAAUGGGAGGUGGAGUUGUUGAGUACUGUAUUCAUAACUCGGAUUGCAUGGCUAUUGCCGUCAGGAAGAAGAGUAACAAUGGAGGUUACUUAAUCACCACGAAACGUCACAAAGACUUCUGGCUCUUAGCCUAAUGAUUGAUUACUACAUCAUUCCUCAUUGAUACCGAAACUUUUUCUUUCAAAAUCAGAAGAAAUCUUUAAAAAAAAAUACAUGUUUUAUGGAUAUGAUUGAUGAUCUGUAUUCGUUUUAAGAUCUUUUAUUUUCUCAUGUUAAGACAUCAUAUUUGCUGAUGUUUUUUCCUGUGUGGAAAGCCUCAAAAUAUAAAUAGUGAAUUGCA